ACUCAGCUCCUUUUCACCGACCCGCCCCAAGACUUUUUAUGCAGGAGCCCCCCCCAAUUCUGACCACGGUUUGUUCUUCCCCCUCCAAGAUGGAGGCCUUAGGGGGCUACCCUACCAAGUCCUCCAACCCGAAAGCGAAAAAGUUAACGGUCCUUUUGAGCAUGACAGUCGGGGUCGGGUGUUUGUUCCUCCUGCAGACUCAGCUGGCGAAGCCGAGAAAACCGACGGAUUUUUAUUCGUUCGAGGUCAAAGACGCCAAGGGGAGGACAGUUUCUCUGGAGAAGUACCGAGGAAAAGCGUCUUUGGUUGUAAACGUGGCGAGUCACUGCGAGCACACGGAGGCGAACUACAUGUCUCUGCAGGAACUUCACCGGGAGCUGGGCACCUCUCACUUCAACGUCCUGGCCUUCCCCUGCGGUCAGUACGGGGACACUGAGACCGGGACAAGCCGGGACAUUGAGGCUUUCGCCAAGUCCAUCUACGGUGUCACCUUUCCCUUCUUCAGCAGGAUCAAAAUAAUGGGCUCAGAGGCUGACCCUGCCUUCAAAUUCCUCACAGAUUCUGUGCAGAAAAUUCCCAAGUGGAACUUCUGGAAGUUUCUGGUGAAUCCAGAGGGGAAAGUGGUCCGGUUUUGGCGAAAGGACGAGCCCAUGGAGAGCGUUCGACAAGAGGUCACGGCGUUGGUGCGAGAAAUAAUCCUGAAGAAACGGGUGGAGCUAUGAUGGAGUCUGUUCAUAGAUACUGGACACAUCUGUGUGUGUAAUGUUGGUUGUUCCCUGUGCUUUGACCGCAAGGAAUGCCAACUCUGAACUGUUAGAGUGAGUGUGGUUGCCGGGUGGUGUCUCGCUUCAGAAACAUGCAGGAUGAAAAGAUCCACUUCAAGUCAUUCAAGGCUAGUCAGAGAGUGUGUGUGUGUGUGUUUGUCUGCGUGUGUGGGGACCAUCCUGUGGUUAAUAAUGACAAUCAUAUUGAACAUUCCUUAUAAUGACCACUGCUGCAGCUGAUUGGAUUGUUUAGCCAUCAUUGAAGUGUUGGAUUUUUACAAGUGUUCAUUUCGGCUUAGUCUGUACAUUGUACCAUCUCUUUCUAAUGUUUACAUUAAAAUCGAUUUCUUAUGGUGAAGCCUAA